AUGAUAUAUGACGAUGGCACGGUGAUCAAACGUGUCGGUAAGAAGGCUGGAUGGAUUGAGGAUGAGGAUGGCGAUAAAUUGAGAAAUAUGAGAUUGGUCUCUUAUGUAUUGAGAUGGGAAAGAAAUGAGGUUGACUUUGCAAGUACAAUUGAGAGGGAGUACAAUUGGAAAGUAUCGGAAGCUGAUAUUAUGCAGUGGUUGGAUGGUUGGACAGUGAGGGAGGUGAUGAGUCAGAAGCGUCUGCGCUGGUUCGGCCAUGCAUUGAGACAACCGGAGGGGUCCGUGCAAAGGGAAUGGGUUGAGGCAGAGGUUAAGGAGUCCUCCAAAUGGUUGAAGAUGGUUAGAGAAGAUUAUGAGGAUCGUGGUGGUGUAUGGAGGCGCGCUCGCAGUGAUGUUGAGAAUAGAGCGCGAUGGCACAAGUUUACUGUUAUUCGAGGCGCGCACGUCCCUUAG